AUGGCUGAGCGCCGCGCAUUCGCCCAAAAAAUCAGCAGGUAAGGGCGUUACUUCCAAUUUUAACACUAAUUGCACUGACAGAGUCCCUCGUUCAAGCUACGCUGUUUUCAAUAUUUAAAAACCUUUCGUCCUCUGCCCUCCGUUUCAAGGCAAAGCCAUCCCCAAAUCAGGCCCAGCCAGCUAUUUAUCGUUAGCCAUAUCAAAGAUGCCCAAGUGCCAGUCACAGAUAGACCCGCCAUAUAGAACAGCGAUCUGUUUCUCGCAAUGCAUACGGGUUUGAAGUUUAGCUACGUUUGAAAUCUAUCAUACUAUGAAACCCAACCACUAUUUGUCUUUACAACGAUUUAGCUAAGCGUUCAUUGGACUGACUAGACUAGAAAAUCCGUAGUAGACAGUUGAGGUAACUUGGUGGCCACGGCUGGGUAACACUGACACAUCCGCGAGACACGAGAGCAAGCAACACAGUAGCUAGCCAACAAAAUUCAACGAUGCCAGUUGAGCGGCGACUAAUGUGGGCGAAAUGGAGCUCCGAAGUGGAGCUCUUUACAGUACGUGCUGAUUUCAGUACCCAAAGAAUAGCGCGCAAUUACACAGAACAAUGACUUGUGUAAUUGCGGGCUAUUCUUUGGGUGCUGAAAUCAGUAGUUUUUGGAGAAAAACGAUUAUAUGAUGGAGUUCCAGUAUGCCCACACUUAGUCGCCGCCCAACUCCAUCCUAAAUCGUGCCCAACCAGUGUUGCCAACUCCUCAGUAAGGAAGUAGCUAUUGGGUGUCCUAGAAGUCGCCAAUUGGCCAUGUGCAUGUAAUUGUGAUGGAUGCUGUAGGAGAGAGGAAUAACUUUAUGGUAGAGACAAAAAGUGAGUAAAAAAAACACCCUACAUUUACAUCCCGCCCGGGAUCAGCCAGCAGCGGCUUCCCACAUGCGCGAUUCAUUUGCAGUCUGGACCCGGAGGGGUGAACAUCUCCUGCUCUGACUGCAGCUGGGAGGGACUGCUGCGCGAGGACUGUGAGUGCUUUGGGGCGGGGGUAACAAAGCACCCGCUGCUCGUUGAGAAGAGUAAGAACGAUACGUUCUUUCACGUCAGUCUCCAAUAACACCAGAAAAAGUCGCUAUAUUUGUCGCUAGUCGUUUUUUUGAAAAAUGUUUCGCUAGAGGGCUCUGAAAACUCGCUAAAUAUAGCGACAAAGUCGCUAAAUUGGCAAUUCUGUGCCCAACUCCAUCCUAAAUCGUGGAGUUGAGUUUAAUCGGCUAUACAGUAACGUUAACUAACAUCGUCAAGGACAGUGGUAGUUUACCAGAAAAAGCCCAAACAUUCAAAGUUAUGUCAGCCACAGUUAAAGGUAAUGCAUUCAGAUCUAAUAAGUCUAUUGAAAGGAACAAAACAAAAAGCUUUGUGUCAAUUUCAGUUGCUUGCUGUUCAUGCCAGUGGAAUUAAAGCUGGAUGUAAAACAAUGCAUUGCAUUGGUGUGGAAAAUUGGUAAUAUCUCACAUACAAAAAAUAGCAUUAUCAUAACAGGGGGUAACCAAUCACAACAUCCACCUGUAGAUUGAAAUUGUCAAGCUGUCAAACUGAAACUGCCAAAACAUCAUAAGAGUAGCUAGCCAGAUUGUUGUCCAAAUCACACUAAAACCAUAUACAGUGGUAGAUCAAAAUGAAUAAUAUACCUUUAAACAGUAUUUAUGCCACCCUUCAAAUGUUUUACAGUACAAUAGAGGUGUCUGUGCCAGUAGGCAAAUUAUAGGCCUAGUCAUGAUCAUUGUGGUGUUGGUUUCAGUGUGAAUAGUGUCUGCAGGAUUGUUGUCACUUGCCAAGCGAUGAGUGUAAAGAGGAGGAUAUGAAGCAGAACAACAAACGAAGAAGAGAGAAAUUAAAUAGAUUUUCCAGAUGACAGAACAUAACCCUUCUAUAGCGCACACACACACGCACGUUAUGGUUUAGUUCAGACCUCCGUGCUUGAUGAUGGAAGCAUCACUCACCACCCCAAAGGAAUCAGUCACAUCAGAGCAGAAUGCAGAUGGGUAAAAGCAAUCUGUUGACAUCUUCUGGUAUUUUUAGAAAUCACUGACAGAAUGAGGCUAUGAGAAUAGCGGACAAUUUAUCCCUCAUGUUCUCUGUUGUUGGUUUGAGUCUGACUGUGAGUGUGUUAUUUCUGUAAAGUAUUUUCAGAAAGUCUCAACCUAUUGGGAUAGACUUAUCUCUCGCGGACAGAUUUACGUAAACAACUGGUACUGUAGAAUUUGUCGGGAAGGAAUGAGAUGUGUGGGAUAACAAGCAGCAGUAGUUCCGAUGUUUGGGUUUUUUCGUCACAGGUUAUUUGGGGGAAAUUCCACGGUGACAGAAUUACACUUUGUCUCAGUUUUUUCACUUUAAAAUGUAUGCCAAACGAAAACCAUUGAUUUCAAAGUUUAACAAACCAUACAAGUCUAUGCACAAUUACUACUUUUAAGAAUUUCCACUGAAAAAUGCACAAAAACUAAUUUAGCGGAAGAACUGUGCAGAUGGAAACUUUAACGAAAUGAUGGUAAAAUCUCCCUCAGGUUUUUAUGCGACCAGGUUUUCCAAAAAUUUUUAAAUAUCUGCUCCGAAUUAAGAUUAAAAGAUGUCUGCAGAAAAAAAUGGGGUGUCAGCUAUGAAAUGGCACCUUGAGUUUGAACAAAUCUAUUUUGGUUAUUGAACUAUAGUAAGUGAAGUGGAUUUACACCCAGUAAAGGCAUUAUGGUAACAUAAUUACAUCAUGGGUCCCUGAUCUGUAGUACACAGAAAUACAUAAUUAUGGAUAUGAAUGUCAUGCUCUUCAUGUUUCACAAGUUUGGACAUCGCAGCACAGCGGUGUACAGUGCAGUACAAUACAGCGGUGUACAGUGCAGUACAAUACAGCGGUGUACAGUGCAGUACAAUACAGCGGAGUACAGUGCAGUACAAUACAGCAGAGUUCAGUACAGUGCAGUAGAGUACAGCAGUGGUUCCCAACCUUACUGUACCACCAACUGAAGUUUGCUCUGCCUGGAGUACCCCUAAAGUACCCCCUCAUGCAUUUUAUCAGUAGGCCUAUGAUCUCAUGAGUCCUCUCAAGUACCCCCUGUGAAUAGGCCAAGUACCUCCAAGGUUCCUAGUACCCCUGGUUGGGAACCACUGGAGUACAGUUCAGUAGAGUACAUUACAAUAUUCUGAGUAUUCUGCUUUUCUUUACUGUGCUAUCCAAACUUGUGAACCAUGCGUCUGGGUUGAGAAUUGGUCCAGUCCGGUCCGUCUGUGGACGUUAACAUCAAGGCCAGGAUGGACUGAUCUAAUGUGAAAUACUUUUCAUCGUCCGGUGUCGGUUGAUGCUCAGUGGGUGAGGAUGCAGAGAGAGACUCUGUUUUACACUCAUGGUUUGACCCCCAGACAACAGAAAGACAAACAAAAGUUAUGAGCUCAACAUAACAGUAUGCCAGUGGAAGGGAGGACAGUAGGAGGUGAACCAACUGUGGUUUAUGACUGUUUGAUUUUCCCAUUGUAGCCAGUUUUUUGGUAAAACUUCAUUGCAACUACGAGUUUUAAUCACAUAUUAUAUCAUGGCAUUGUUGAAUACUCGUUUCUGAUUGGCUUGGCAGCAAGUAGCUUAGCUGUUAAGAGCGUUGGGCCAGUUACCGAAAGGUCGCUGGUUCGAAUCCUUGAGCCGACUCUGCCGAUGUGCCCUUGAGCAAAGCACUUAACCCUAAUUGCUCAUGUAAGUCGCUCUGGAUAAGAGCAAAACAUUAUUUAUUUUUUAAUUGAAGGGCAUUCUAGAGCGUGCAUUAGUUCCCUAUAACGCACAGUAUAUUUGCAUGGUAGAAUUCAGUGGCUAUAGUUCAUUCUUACAUGUUCAAUGUUUGAGCUGCUUUUGAAAGCAAAAGUCGAAUUGAAAACAUUGGCAUUGUUGAAUUCGAUUUUCGCAAUAGCAAGCUAGGACUGAUGCUUUGGUUAGCUAAACUAGCAAGUCUGUUUUUUUGGUUACGAAGGCGACUACUGUCUCUAUGUAGUUCAGUGGCUGUUGAACACAUUUCUAGAGGCAAAUGAACACAUUUCUAGCAGCUAAUGUGUUAAGUUAUAGCCAUGGUAUAAAAGGGAUAAUCAACUCGUGGCUCUAUGCGUUCUCUGGAAAAUAAUGCACACCUUCCAUGUCUUUCAUUAUUUUCCAUAGAACGCAUAGCCUCUUGUUGAUUAUCCCUUACAUAAUUUAAUAAACAAAAUUGAUAUCAGUAAAAUCACUAUAACUAAUUGAUAGGUCUAGAAUUAAUUGUUACUUCUGUGAACUUUCAUUAUCCUCCCUCUUCAUGAGGGAGAGAAAUUAGAAAUAUCUUAAAACUGUGUGGGUUUUCUCCAAAACAAAAUAUGUGUUGAUAUUAGUUAGCAGGCGUCUUUACGUCAAUCUUAUUGUGUUUUGAUGUAUUUCUGAUACCUUUUUAAAGAAUUUUUCUGGUAGGUAGGUUUUUCUAAGACCCCUUUUCCAUCUGUUUAUCCAGAAAUCAAAGCCUUUACUUAUGCCACAUUUUUAAGAUGGAUAAUUGUAGAAGAUUGUAGCUAUGCCUUCAUUUCCCAAAAAUAUAGAUUCUUAGCUUUCAUUUGACACCCAAUUUAACAUGCUCUUAUGAACUUCACGUUAAUGCUCAUGGGGUCCUUUUUGAUGGAAAUGUCCAUGGACAAAUCACGAUUUCGCAGGUGUUAGCAUCUUUCAAAUUUCGGAAUGGGAGGGGAUAUUCGGCCUGUAACUUGCAAAGAGAGAGGGUGGUGUUCAUUGUUCCUCGUUCUAGCGUCUCUUGAUCCAUUCUCUUAACACGAAUGGACCCAGAACUUAAUCGAGCAGCUGACCAAUUCCGCAGAAAUAAAAAUCUUUGUAGUUGAGACUGAGGUUCAGUUCUUUCUCCUGAAGUCAGGCAAAAACAAUGUCUGAUUGUGUUUUUCAUUUAAUAAACCUGUGGUUCUCAAACUCUUUGACCCACGACCCCCAAAAAGGAGUGGUUCAAAGCUUGCGACCCCUCGCGCAUGCACAUAUAUGCAUGCACAUGCUUUCACGAGCGCACAAUCGCUGCACAAAUGUAGCCUGUCAUUUCAGCCAUAAACGGUGAUGCAUUUUCAAAACGCAAGUUACAGAAAUAAACAGUGUUUUGCACCUGCAUUUUGAGCUGAAAGUCAAUCAUAUUAGCAGCCAAUAUCAACUGGGGAUAGACUAUCAUGUCACUUCUCUGGAGUCCUGUCACUUCUCUGGCGAGCAGGAUCAUACGGCCUACCUGUAUGCAGAGGAGGUUGCAGGAUUGGAUGGAAAGCAUGGUCUGUCCGUAGACUUUUUCUCAAACAUUCCAUAAGUAGGGCUGGGAAUUGCCAGGGACCUCACGAAAGAUAUCAUGAUACUUAGGUGCCAAUACGAUAUGUAUUGUGAUUCUCACAAUUCUCUAUGUAUUGCGAUUCGAUAUUGCGAUUUUCAUGCGAUUCGAUGUUCUAAACAUUGCUCACCAUAUGUCUGCUGCAGAGUGACAAGAGAGAGCCAUGAAAAAACUAGUUUUUAUUAAAAAGUGCUGAAAACAAAUUGGCUCCCUAUUUAAGAAGAUGGAGAACAAGCUAUGUAGGAAAAAUACAGAAGUUUUGGUGCAGGUACAGCCAACUAGCAAAAAAAUAAUAUUGCGAUAUUAUCAAAACGAUACAUCGUCAAAAAUAAUAUCCCGAAAUGUAAAUGUAUAGAUUCCCCCCCGUCCCCGUCCCCCCCGUCACUACCCAUAAGUAUUGAAGGCAGUGCGAUGUUACAGCUAUCUUUGGACAUAUAGCCAGUACUAGCCACCCAAACUACUUUAAAUAUGAAAAUGAUCAAUGAAAUCACCAGGUUUACUAUUAUUAUGGUAAAGAUGCGUCCGUAGCAAAUUGCUAAAAUGUAUUUAAUAUGGAUAAUCUAAACGUUCUCUGUUUUUGCCAGGCAAAACCGGAGAAAAUGAAACCAUUGCUUUCUGGUCACUAAUCUGGAUAUGCACGCUAGGGUUGGGCGAUUUUGCGAUUGCAUCGUCUAUCGACGAUGUUUGACAGUCAUCGUCAAUAGUGACAACAUCAUGUUGUCCAAACGAUGGUUUAGCAUAUUUGCGUCAAUAUAAGUAACAUAAUAAAAAAAUCCCAGUCAAAAUCUGUCAGUUUAAGCUAGAUAUCGCCUAUGGCGACCUUCCGCAUCUGCGGUGGAAGGUGGCUGAGCUACAGCGGUGUUUGUCAGACCAUGAGACAUCCCGAAAAUUGGUCUUCUCACAAAAACGGCUGUAUCGUCCGAACAGUUUGGCCUAAAAACUAAUAUGGAAAGAUGAGACAAUCACUAACACGAUAGUGUUCUCCGUUUUGCUCUACGACCCCCACAAGUGCCAUGGGACUCGUCUGAAAAUGUUUAAUGGAAGUAUGGAGGUAGUUUUGUGCCUACCCAAAAAAAGGGGUUAACUAUGUGACUCGUUUCAGGAAACUAUGCGUAUGUAGCACGACACUACUUCACAGGAGCAGCAUUUGAACGUAAACAUUUAUUUUUGAUCAAAAUUAGUUUUUUGGAACGUGAACUUUCGUGUGCCUUAAUAACAAACUUGUAUUCCAUCCAUAAAUACAAUUGUUAAAUUACGAGCCUAGUUGGUUUAGCCACGGAAAAUGACAGGGACCUUCCCCACUAGCCAUGAUUGGCAGUGAUAAUGGAUGGGCUGGACAUGCCGGGAGAUGAGUUUGGAUUGGUCUAUAAUGUGAGCUGUUCAGUAUGUGUUGACAGUCCUUUCUACCACACCAUUUUUGAAAGAUAUAACGUUAGCCAUAGAGAACUACAAAAGUUUUGCUACUUUUCUCAACAACAUUGAUGCCCUGAAUUUAGCAGAUGCUAUUGACAGAUCAGUUGGAAAAAGUGAUGGGCUACUUUCUGCACACGCCACGGUCAGUGUGAACUGGAGUGACUUGACACAACGCUGGCCAAACAAGAUGUAGCUACAAACAAAACAAAGUUAAAUGGUUCCACUCUGCCGUGAAGCGUUCAUCCAUGUAUACGGGUAAGAGUCUAGCUACAUUUUCAGAUAUCUGUUUCUAAUUUAGUCAGACAGACGUUUUUGUUGCAAGUUAAAGCAUGCUGUUAGUUAGCUAGCAAACGUUAGUUUGCUGGCUCGCUAGCUAAUGUUACAUGUAUGAUCUGUGUAGUAAUAUUAUUCUAAUCAGAAAUCCAUUUGCAUUGCUAGUUAUAUCCUAAUGUUAGUUAGCUAACAUUGAACCUAGUUUGUUAACUUUACCUACCUGCAAUUUCAAACUACAGCUAUGACAGUGUUUGUAUUGGUAGUAGUACGAGUUGGGAUUAUGCCGGUUCAUUGUUUAGCUAGCUAGCUACCUAGCUAGCUACAUGUCUAACCCAAAAGACACUUCGGCCGGAUUAUUACAUGACCCAUCAAAUUAGCCAGGUGUGUCUGUGGGUGAUUACGGCCAUCUAUUGUAUUUCAUGAACAUAUGUACACGUCUAGACAAUAGUGACCAAUCCACUAAGCUAGAUGUGGUUGGGGGGGUGGUUAUAGCAUUUCCUGCACAUGUCCCAUCAAUUUAGACAAGUGUGUCAAUCAGGUGUCAUCUAAUAAUGAUCAAAUAUUUUUAUCUAGACACUUUCUGUUUUUGAUAUUGCUACUAUGCAAGUAACAACUUCACUGUAUCGUUUACAACUUCUGUAUCCUGUGCAUGUGACAAAUAAACUUAGAUUUUAUUUGAUAUAGCGUGUGUUUACCACAUGGCCUCAUGUGAAUCCUUAGAUGGGUGGGGCUAAGUCGUAAGAGGGUGUGAACAAUGCUGAAUGGGUGUAGACAAAGAAGAACUCUCCAGUAGGUGUACUAAAACAUUCAAGGGUCAUUUUCUCAAAAGUGGGGUUACAAGUUUAUCAACUUUCAAAGCACAAUUACUUUCCUGUUGUUCCUCAAUUAAACAAAUCAAAAUAUUUUAUAUUUGAGAUUCUUCAAAGUAGCCACCCUUUGCCUUGAUGACAGCUUUGCCUUAUUUUCUGUAUAUUGUGUUGUCGUUUCUACUGUAUCAUACCGUAUGUAUGGAGCAUAAUGUAUUUACUGUUUUAUUCACGUUUUCAAGUACGGGUGACAAAUCAUGCAUUCCGAUUCUUGCAUACAUUGUAAUGGACACAUGAUGUACAGUGAGGGAAAAAAGUAUUUGAUCCCCUGCUGAUUUUGUACGUUUGGCCCACUGACAAAGAAAUGAUCAGUCUAUAAUUUUAAUGGUAGGUUUAUUUGAACAGUGAGAGAAAGAAUAACAACAACAAAAUCAAGAAAAACGCAUGUCAAUAAAAAAAAAAUUGAUUAGCAUUUUAAUGAGGGAAAUAAGUAUUUGACCCCUCUGCAAAACUGACUUAGUACUUGGUGGCAAAACCCUUGUUGGCAAUCACAGAGGUCAGACGUUUCUUGUAGUUGGCCACCAGGUUUGCACACAUCUCAGGAGGGAUUUUGUCCCACUCCUCUUUGCAGAUCUUCUCCAAGUCAUUAAGGUUUCGAGGCUGACGUUUGGCAACUCGAAACUUCAGCUCCCUCCACAGAUUUUCUAUGGGAUUAAGGUCUGGAGACUGGCUAGGACACUCCAGGACCUUAAUGUGCUUCUUCUUGAGCCACUCCUUUGUUGCCUUGGCCAAUAUGUUUUGGGUCAUUGUCAUGCUGGAAUACCCAUCCACGACCCAUUUUCAAUGCCCUGGCUGAGGGAAGGAGGUUCUCACCCAAGAUUUGACGGUACAUGGCCCUGUCCAUCGUCCCUUUGAUGCGGUGAAGUUGUCCUGUCCCCUUAUCAGAAAAUCACCCCCAUAGCAUAAUGUUUCCACCUCCAUGUUUGACGGUGGGGAUGGUGUUCUUGGGGUCAUAGGCAGCAUUCCUCCUCCUCCAAACACGGCGAGUUGAGUUGAUGCCAAAGAGCUCCAUUUUGGUCUCAUCUGACCACAACACUUUCACCCAGUUCUCCUCUGAAUCAUUCAGAUGUUCAUUGGCAAACUUCAGACGGGCAUGUAUAUGUGCUUUCUUGAGCAGGGGGACCUUGCAGGCGCUGCAGGAUUUCAGUCGUUCACAGCGUAGUGUAUUACCAAUUGUUUUCUUGGUGACUAUGGUCCCAGCUGCCUUGAGAUCGACAAGAUCUCCCGUGUAGUUCUGGGCUGAUUCCUCACCGUUCUCAUGAUCAUUGCAACUCCAUGAGGUGAGAUCUUGCAUGGAGCCCCAGGCCGAGGGAGAUUGACAGUUCUUUUGUGUUUCUUCCAUUUGCGAAUAAUCGCACCAACUGUUGUCACCUUCUCACCAAGCUGCUUGGCGAUGGUCUUGUAGCCCAUUCCAGCCUUGUUUAGGUCUACAAUCUUGUCCCUGACAUCCUUGGAGAGCUCUUUGGUAUUGGCCAUGGUGGAGAGUUUGGAAUCUGAUUGAUUGAUUGCUUCUGUGGACAGGUGUCUUUUAUACCGGUAACAAACUGAGAUUAGGAGUACUCCCUUUAAGAGUGUGCUCCUAAUCUCAGCUCGUUACCUGUAUAAAAGACACCUGGGAGCCAGAAAUCUUUCUGAUUGAGAGGGGGUCAAAUACUUAUUUCCCUCAUUAAAAUGCAAAUCAAUUUAUAACAUUUUUUACAUGCGUUUUUCUGGAUUAUUUUGUUGUUAUUCUGUCUCUCACUGUUCAAAUAAACCUACCAUUAAAAUUAUAGACUGAUCAUUUCUUUGUCAGUGGGCAAACGUACAAAAUCAGCAGGGGAUCAAAUACUUUUUUCCCUCACUGUAUGUAAAAUACUUUUUUGAACGUUGUACUGACAAUGAUGAGCUAAUGCUAAGCUGUUUGCCAGCUAUGUGUGGCGCCAUGUUUGUUGACAUUAUACAAUGCAUUCUGGGUGUCACGUAAACGUCUGUUAGACCAAAGAUGAUGUAACAAAAUGAGGUGAAGGGAUGGCUCACUCAUCUUUCGAGUAAACUUCUGGAAGUCAAUGAAGGGAAGUGAAUGAUGGUAGACGACACACCCACUUUAAUACUGCAAACAGACCAAACUCAUCUUGUCUCCUCUUCUUAUCUUUGGUUGACGCAACAACAACAAAAACAUGGCGGCGUGCACAAACUACCCAUCGUUGGAUUACUUUAGAUUUUUAUAAAGUGUUUUACUCAAUUAUUUCGAUCAAUGGUGAGCUCACCCAUGAUGUGAUGAAUUGUAAAUAGUAAUUGCUAUUAGCUCAUUCAUAUUAUGGUUUCUGUCAGCCGAGAGUUAGCUAAAUAUGACUGCUUGUGUUAUGUCAAUCUUUCCUCCGUUAGCGCUAGGACUAAUGUAGCCUACAUUUGGAUGAUUGUGUUAUGCUGUCGCUACUUCUGUGAAUGUCUGAACAUUACAUCCCAAAAUAAACUGGUCACAUUCAGGACAUAACGUUGUAAGGACUGUGUUUGUGCAAAAUGUUUCUGUGAAAAAACAGUGUCAAUCAAUGAACCUUUUAUCCUCAAUGCAAAGUUAUGUUACAGUGAGGGAAAAAAGUAUUUGAUCCCCUGCUGAUUUUGUACAUUUGCCCACUGACAAAGACAUGAUCAGUCUAUCAUUUUAAUGAUAGGUUUAUUUGAACAGUGAGAGACAGAAUAACAACGAAAAAAUCCAGAAAAAUGCAUGUAAAAAAUGUUAUAAAUUGAUAUGCAUUUUAAUGAGGGAAAUAAGUAUUUGACCCCUCUGCAAAACAUGACUUAGUGCUUGGUGGUAAAACCCUUGUUGGCAAUCACAGAGGUCAGACUUUUCUUGUAAAAAAAACGAACGAAAUGGAAUUCAAAUAACUGAACUGACCUAGGUCAAUUUCGGUGAAUCACUUCGCACUAGUAUUGACUUGGGUGUCAAUACUUAUGUAAAUGAGACUUCUGCUCCGAAAUGGUGCUGCAGUGGAUAGCGGCCAUUUUACGCUGAUUUUAACUUAUUUUGUACAUAAUAGCUCCGAUUUCCUAUGACCGAAAACGUUUUCUGGACAUCAGAACAGCGAUCACUAACCUCGAUUUGGAUGAAGAUUUCUACUUCAACGAGUUGGCAGUUCUGGACAUUCUGCUUACUCCGGACCAGGCCCAGUCCGGCCAGGGACCAGGCCACAGCAGGGACCAUAAUAGUGUCAGAGGGAACAGAAAGGACCGUAAGGCCACCAGCAUGGCCAUGGCCAGGGAGAGCGAGCCUUCACGGACCAUAAUAGUAAUGUUUGGCCCACAAGAGAACUGCUUCCCUAUUUGUUCUGUUGUGUGAUAUACUGCAGUGUCAGAGGGAACAGUAAUGACAGUAAGGCCACCAUUAUGGCCAGGGCCUGGGAGUGAGAGCCCUCAGAUCACAGCAGGGACCAUAAUAGUAAUGUUUGGCCCACAACAGAACUGCUGCCCUUGACUAUACUGUGCCUGUCCUUCAGAGUGACCAGACUACUGCAGUAAAUGAACUGGCCUUAUCUGUUAACUUAUUACGCUUACACACUUUCUUUUCCACUUUUCCAACCCAAGUGUGUAUGUGAGACAUCUUUGACUGUAAGCGGCCUGGAGGCAACUUCUGACUGUGUUUUCCAUAAGCAAAGCCUAGAUUGAAUAGAUUACUGUCUGGUGGCUAUCCUCUGUCUGGACUGAAGGGUUGCCAUUUGUUGAAGCAAAGAAUGUAGCCUAUAGCCAUGAUCUGUGUUGUGUUUAACCUGUUAACUUAACGGUUUGAUAAUCACUGCUAAGCUUCUCUCUCCUCUCCUCUCUACAGGACUGUAGCAGCUGAGGUGAGAAAGCAGAUUUCUGGUCAGUAUGGGGGCUCCCCACAGCUCCUCAAGAACCUCAACGUGGGUGCCGCGGCAGGCAACACAGUAAGCACCUAACCACAGUGCAUCUUGGUGUUUUUUGCAGAGGGUGAGGUAGAGGUAAAUGGAGAGAGGAAGGAAGGAGGGAGGGUUUGAGUGUAUCAGCUAACAAUUAACAGGUCCAUUCUUCACAUCCUCUCUCGCCCCUAUGGUGUGGUCAGUGAUAACACUGCCUGGCUCCUCUCACCAGUAAUAGUGUUUGCUGAGGCUGCCCAUUGACUGCCAAAAUAAUAAAUCCCUGAUGGCGUCCUCUUGCCAGUCCCCACCGCUGAGCUAAAGGAGCAAAUAACCAUCCUUAAUUAGGCUAAAUCUGACUGUUUAAUUCAACUGUGAACGUAUGGUGUUUGUUCUAAAUUCCCCCCCAAAACUUUAACUGAACUUAGUGAGGAAUUAGAGUCCCCCUGGGUGCUUAGUUUUAGAAAUAGAAAGAAGCAAGCCUAUAAAAUCAUCACACUAGGCCUGAGGUGGUUCGUUUGCCAGGACUUGCUUUUCCAGUUAUGUCGGCUUGUUAGCAUUUCCUCAACAAAGUGUCUGUCUGCCAGUGGCGGUCGUGCCGUUUAAGAUUAGGGAGGGCGCUAGCUUUUUUUAUAAGCAUGGCCUUAUUUGUAUUACAGCAUAUUGGAUGACUGUCAUUCAUAUUCCAUUCACUCAGCUCAAUGUAACAUUGAUAGGUUUUUAGCUACUACAUGGUAUUUGAAUUUUCCCUAUACCCAUCAUGACGUUGCUACAACCUAGCCUAUGAAAAGUUUACAACAGAGGUGCACAGGCUGAGAGACAUUUUUUGUAAUCAAGGUGACACAGUGACAUAUUCAAUACUGCCUUGUAGACUCUUGCCUGCAACUAGCUGAUCUAGGGUGUAAUCAUUAGUCCAACAGUUGCAAACUAGAGUUUCUAUUGGACAAAUUCAGGUAUGUUUAUCCCCGUUUCGUUCUGUUUGCUUCCAUUUAAGAAACGUUUUUCAACAGAAUCGGCAGAAUGAAUACUUCCCUGAUCACACGCAAACACAGUUCACUUUCAUAGCAGCCACAUACAAACAGCAUGAUCACUUUGCUCGUUGUAAUUCCAUCUCGCAUGUACGCGCUCUCGUCCUCUAACCUUUUCCCUUCAUUUGUGGACUUCAGUGCACAACACUUCAGCUGUCUGUGACCAGGCGAAAAAACCUUUCCAACCCGAACCUUCAUAUCAUAACUGCUAACCGCUACAUACGGACUACAUCACUUUCACCAUAUCUAACGUUAUAGUGAACGUAGCUAAUAGAACCGGCGCAAUAGUAAACCCUCUACAAUCAUGCAGUACAGUCAGCAAGCAAUUUAGCAGUGACACCGGCGGGCCCCGGUAGCAAUAUUUUACAGUACCAGUCAAAACUUCGGGGACACCUACUCAUUCAAGGGUUUUUCUUUAUUUUUACUAUUGUCUACAUUGUAGAAUAAUAGUGAAGACAUCAAAACUAUGAAAUAACACAUAUGGAAUCAUGUAGUAACCAAAAAAGUGUUCAACAAAUCAAAAUAUAUUUUAUAUUUGAGAUUCUUCAAAGUAGCCACCCUUUGCCUUGAUGACAGCUUUGCACACGCUUGGCAAUCUCUCAACCAGCUUCAUUACAUUUAUCCAGAGCGACUUACAGGAGCAAUUAGGGUUAAGUACCUUGCUCAAGGGCACAUCGACAGAUUUUUCACCUAGUUGGCUCGGGGAUUAGAACCAGCGACCUUUCGGUUACUGGCACAACGCUCUUAACCACUGCUACCUGCCGCCCCAUGAGGUAGUCCCCCUUCCACUCCUUUUUUUGCGGUAAUGCCGCAAUUAGUUGGUUGUACUUUUGGAUAGAGCAGAAAUGUCCAUAUACAGUGGGGGAAAAAAGUAUUCAGCCACCAAUUGUGCAAGUUCUCCCACUUAAAAAGAUGAGAGAGGCCUGUAAUUUUCAUCAUAGGUACACGUCAACUAUGACAGACAAAUUGAGAGAGAAAAAAAUCCAGAAAAUCACAUUGUAGGAUUUUUUAUGAAUUUAUUUGCAAAUUAUGGUGGAAAAUAAGUAUUUGGUCACCUACAAACAAGCAAGAUGUCUGGCUCUCACAGACCUGUAACUUCUUCUUUAAGAGGCUCCUCUGUCCUCCACUCGUUACCUGUAUUAAUGGCACCUGUUUGAACUUGUUAUCAGUAUAAAAGACACCUGUCCACAACCUCAAACAGUCACACUCCAAACUCCACUAUGGCCAAGACCAAAGAGCUGUCAAAGGACACCAGAAACAAAAUUGUAGACCUGCACCAGGCUGGGAAGACUGAAUCUGCAAUAGGUAAGCAGCUUGGUUUGAAGAAAUCAACUGUGGGAGCAAUUAUUAGGAAAUGGAAGACAUACAAGACCACUGAUAAUCUCCCUCGAUCUGGGGCUCCACGCAAGAUCUCACCCCGUGGGGUCAAAAUGAUCACAAGAACGGUGAGCAAAAAUCCCAGAAUCACACGGGGGGACCUAGUGAAUGACCUGCAGAGAGCUGGGACCAAAGUAACAAAGCCUACCAUCAGUAACACACUACGCCGCCAGGGACUCAAAUCCUGCAGUGCCAGACGUAUCCCCCUGCUUAAGCCAGUACAUGUCCAGGCCCGUCUGAAGUUUGCUAGAGUGCAUUUGGAUGAUCCAGAAGAGGAUUGGGAGAAUGUCAUAUGGUCAGAUGAAACCAAAAUAUAACUUUUUGGUAAAAACUCAACUCGUCGUGUUUGGAGGACAAAGAAUGCUGAAUUGCAUCCAAAGAACACCAUACCUACUGUGAAGCAUGGGGGUGGAAAAAUCAUGCUUUGGGGCUGUUUUUCUGCAAAGGGACCAGGACGACUGAUCCGUGUAAAGGAAAGAAUGAAUGGGGCCAUGUAUCGUGGGAUUUUGAGUGAAAACCUCCUUCCAUCAGCAAGGGCAUUGAAGAUAAAACGUGGCUGGGUCUUUUCAGCAUGACAAUGAUCCCAAACACACCGCCCGGGCAACGAAGGAGUGGCUUCGUAAGAAGCAUUUCAAGGUCCUGGAGUGGCCUAGCCAGUCUCCAGAUCUCAACCCCAUAGAAAAUCUUUGGAGGGAGUUGAAAGUCUGUGUUGCAGCCCCAAAACAUCACUGCUCUAGAGGAGAUCUGCAUGGAGGAAUGGGCCAAAAUACAAGCAACAGUGUGUGAAAACCUUGUCAAGACUUAUAGAAAACGUUUGACCUGUGUCAUUGCCAACAAAGGGUAUAUAACAAAGUAUUGAGAAACUUUUGUUAUUGACCAAAUACUUAUUUUCCACCAUAAUUUGCAAAUAAAUUCAUUAAAAAUCCUACAAUGUGAUUUUCUGGAUUUUUUUUCUUCUCAUUUUGUCUGUCAUAGUUGACGUGUACCUAUGAUGAAAAUUACAGGCCUCUCUCAUCUUUUUAAGUGGGAGAACUUGCACAAUUGGUGGCUGACUAAAAUCUUUUUUUCCCCACUGUAUUUUUGUUAGCUGCAUGUGUGACACAACUCCACCAGUCCUAUUUAUGGUAUAAUUUACAAAGAUUAUACCGUUUUACAUUUUGUUUUCCAAAUUUUUGUUUUUAUCAAUUUAUAUAUUUUGAGUUGAACCAUUAUUUGUUGUAAUAUUUGUUCUGUCUUUUCUGGUGGAUUAAACUGAAAUUGCAACCAACUUUCUAUGGCUUGUUUUAAAAAUAGCAAUAUUUUGGAGAUUUAAUUUUCAAAUAACCGAAAGUGAGAGGUUGUAAUCGGAAUAAAGGAAAAAAUACCAUACUUGAACAGGGGCAAUACAUUUACAAAAUCAAAAGCUUACCUUGACUUGGAAGAGUUCCAGUGUUGGAUAGCCAUAGCCAGCUAGCUAACAUAGCAUCCCUCAUUGUUUGACCGGGUGUUUUGAGUAGGCUAAACUAGUAAACUAGCUAAGCUAGUUAAGUAAAAAUUGAAAGUUGAAAAAUACUACGAAAUAUAGCUAGCUCGCUCUCUCUCUCCUCUCUUGCUUCUCCUUCAUUUUUGAAGAAGUGUAUUUGUUCAAAACUGUUCAACUAUUGUCUUUCUCUCUCUUUGAGUCAAGUACUCACCACAUGUUAUGCACUGCAGUGCUAGCUAGCUGUAGCUUAUGCUUUCAGUACUAGAUUCAUUCUCUGAUACUUUGAUUGGGUGGACAAAAUGUCAGUUCAUGUGGCAAGAGCUUUUAUAGGUUGGAGGACAUCUAUGGAAGGGGGUGAGAACCAUGAGCCUCCUAGAUUUUGAAUUGAAGUCAAUGUACCCAGAGGUGGAUGAAAACUAGCUGUUCUCUGUUUACACCAUGGUGCAACCUUAGAGUGCUGUUGAGGCUACUGUAGACCAUCAUUGCAAAACAGUGUGUUUUUAAUAAAUUAUUUGGUGACGUGAAUAUAUUUAGUAUAGUUUUAUCAAAACAUUUACUUUUAUGCAAUUCACUGAGGAGAAUGGUCCUCCUCUGAGGAGCCUCUACCGCUGUCUACCAAUAUAAAAAAUGCAGUUUCCUGAGAACUGGUUUUGAAACGUUCUCAGGCUAGAAUUUGUCUCUACAUUUAUCAAGCCACGGGGUUUGCUGACAGCUUUGCUAGUAAUACAUCUGGACUUUUUGGGGAUGAUUUUUGCCAGCUAACCCAGUUAGGUAGGCCUUCAGGUAGGCCUUUUUCAGAUAUAUUCUCUGAUUUUGUACUCUAACAAAGCCUCUCCUCUCUGUUGCCAGGUGCCUCUCACAGAGGCAGUGGAGCCGGUGGAUUUUGAGGAGUACCUCAUCACUCACCCACCUAUCAUCGAGUCGGGCCCCUUGAGGGACCUGAUCGAGUUCCCCCCGGACGACAUCGAGGUGGUCUACACCCCCAGAGAGUGUCGCACAGUGGGACAGGCCGUGCCUGAGGAAGGGUAGGUGCUGGACUGGGAGAAUACUGACUGGCUGGGUUAGAGUUGGUACUGAGGAACUCAAUCAGAUCAAUCAAUCAAAUGUAUUUAAAGCCUUUUAUAUCAACAGUUGUCAAAGUGAUUUACCUUAGGCAACAAAAACAAAGUACAGCCUACUGAAAAACUGUAAACCAGCUGGAGCGUAGUUGGAAUGUACAGUACCAUUCAAACGUUUGGACACACCUACUCAUUCAAGGGUUUUUCUUUAUUUGUACUAUGUUCUAUUGUAGUAAAAAGUGUUAAACAAAUCAAAAUAUAUUUGAGAUUCUUCAAAGUAGCCACCCUUUGCCUUGAUGACAGCUUUGCACACUCGUGGUAUUCUCUCAACCAGCUUCAUGAGGUAGUCACCUGGAAUGCAUUUCAAUUAACAGGUGUGCCUUCUUCAAAGUUAAUUUGUGGAAUUUCUUUCCUUCUUAAUGCGUUUGAGCCAAUCAGUUGUGUUGUGACAAGGUAGGGGGUUAUACAGAAGAUAGCCCUAUUUGGUAAAAGACCAAGUCCAAAUAAGCAAAGAAAAACGACAGUCCAUCAUUACUUUAAGACAUUUAAGACUAAGUCAGUCAAUACAGAAGAUUUCAAGAACAUUGAAUGUUUCUUCAAGUGCAGUCGCAAAAAGCAUCAAGCGCUAUGAUGAAACUGGCUCUCAUGAGGACCGCCACAGGAAUGGAAGACCCAGAGUUACCUCUGCUGCAGAGGAUAAGUUAAUUAGAGAGUUACCAGCCUCAGAUAUUGCAGCACAAAUAAAUGCGUGAAUCAGGCCUUCUUGCUCGAAUUGUGCAAAGAAACCACUACUAAAGUACACCAAUAAGAAGAAGAGACUUGCUUGGGCCAAGAAACACGAGCAAUGGACAUUAGACCGGUGGAAGUUUGUCCUUUUGGACUGGAGUACAAAUUGGAGAUUUUGGGUUCCAACCCACGUGUCUUUGUGAGACGCAGAGUAGGUCAACGGAUGAUGUCCGCAUGUGUGGUUCCCACCGUGAAGCAUGGAGGAGGAGGCGUGAUUGUGUGGGGGUGCUUUGCUGGUGACACCGUCUGUGAUUUAUUUAGAAUUCAAGGCACACUUAACCAGCAUGGCUACCAUAUAUAUAUAUAUAUAUAUAUAUAUAUGUGUAUGUAUGUAUGUAUAUAUAUAUAUUAAUAUAUAUGUAUAUAUAUGUGUGUAUAUAUAUAUAUAUAUAUAUAUAUAUAUCUAUAUAUGUGUGUGUAUAUGUAUAUGUGUAUAUAUAUAUUUGUGUAUAUAUAUUUGCGAGAAAAAAAAACAUAUGGGGGAUUGCAAGUGAUGCAGACAAUUACAUUGAUGGAAGUUACAAUCUAUCUGAAAUAUUAAAGCUGAUCUACCCCCCCCCCCCCAAAAAAAUAAAAAAAGAAUAAAAAGAAGAGUGAUGUAGUGCUGCAUCAGAUGACCUGGCCUCCACAAUCCCCCGACCUCAACCCAAUUGAGAUGGUUUGGGAUGAGUUGGACCGCAGAGUGAAGGAAAAUCAGCCCAAAAGUGCUCAGCAUAUGUGGGAACUCCUUCAAGACUGUUGGAAAAGCAAUCCUCAUGAAGCUGGUUGAGAAAAUGCUAAGAGUGUGGAAAGCAGUCAUCAAGGCAAAGGGUGGCUAUUUGAAGAAUCUCAAAUCUAAAAUAUAUUUUGAUUUAUUUAACACUUUUUUGGUUACUAUAUGGUUCCAUAUGUGUUAUUUCAUAUUUUUGAUGUCUUCGCUAUUAUUCUACAAUGUAGAAAAUAGUACAAUUAAAGAAAAACCCUUGAAUGAGUAGAUGUUCUAAAACCUUUGACCGGUAGUGUAUAUAUUUUGUAAUAAUAUAAUCUUUGAGAACUAACAAUCACACAAAAUAAAAGCUAGACAGUCUGGGAGAAUUCUUAAAAAUCUAAACUAUGAAUUUAGAUGUAUACAGUUUGUUAUUAUGUUUGAGAAAAAUAACACAGCAUUAGCCAUGGCAAAAUGCAUAUAAUUGCAGGAAAUUUGCUUUAAGACUGCUGAACUUUCCCUCAGCUCCAUGGUAGAAUAUGUAGAAUCGCAGGAAAAGUUGCUUAAAAACUGCAAAAAUGUCUCUCAACUCCAUUGAGACAAUUGUUGAAUUUCAGGAAAUCGGCUUAAAAAUGCAAAGAUUUCUCUACACUGCCAAGAUGGGGGCCUCCUAAAAUGUUCUCUAAACGGGCCGAUCGCGCCACCUGCCACGCCCACCACCUAAGCCCCUUUUUGAACCAGAAAGCCCCCAGAAAUAGAUAUUCAGUAAUAGCUCCAUCUGCAACAUAUGAACGUUAAAAGUCACUGAACACAUCUGGUGUUGAGGAUGAGACUUUGACUGUAAUGUGCGGUAUCGCUUUGUGUUCUAGGGACAAUGACGCCCACGUCAGAGACUGUGUCAGGUCCUACACUGAGGACUGGGCCAUCGUCAACAGAAAGUAAGGCUCCUCUCUCUUAUUUAGGAAGCGUUUCCUUUUAUAAGACCUAUUCAUUACAUCGAAACACCCACAUUUUAACCCCUAUAUUUUACACAUUUUUACAAUUACGUCUAGCAGCUAGUUAUUUAUUACACCUCAACACUCGUAUUCUGGUCUACUUAUUUCAACAGAUACCAUAAGCUUGGUACUGGGUUUAACCCUAACACCCUGGACAAGCAGAAGGACAGGCAGAAAGGCCUGCCCAAACAGGUGUUUGAGGCUGAUGAGAUGCCAGACUUUAGCACUUACCAGGACAACCAGGUAACCCAUAGCAAUGGGGCAGGCGACUAGGUAACCCAUAGCAAUGGGGCGGUCAUCUUACACUUUCAUAGGCCCUCCCUAACCUGCGUGUUUGUCCUACCCCAGGAUGACCUGAAGCGUAGGUCCAUGUCCAUAGACGACACUCCGCGUGGCAGCUGGGCCUGCAGUAUCUUUGACCUGAAGAACUCUGUCCCCGAUGCCCUCCUGCCCCAUUUGCUGGACCGAGCCCCCAACGAGGAGAUCGACCGGCACAAUGGGGAGCACCGCAAGUCCAACCGCCAUGGCGAGCUCUUCGCCCUGCACCCCGCCCUCGACGAGGUUGGGACAGAGACACACACACUGCUGUAUUUCUCCAUAGAGACUUGAGUGCCUUUUGCCGUGUCAGGCCAGCGCUUGGUUUGUCAGGGACUUGUGCAUGUCUGUCUCUUCACAUUAAUGUAUAUCAUCAUCCAUGAUCAGGGUUGCCAUGUCCUGUGCUUUUCCCGCAAAUUGGGCUAAUUUGAAAAUGAUGUGGCGGGUGAAAAUGUAUUGGUUGCGGGUUUUUGUCCACUUCUACAUUGCACUGCGGCCUCCAUGGCAAUUUCUUUAAAAUAUACAGUACCAGUCAAAAGUUUCUUCAAGUGCAGUCGCAAAAUCCAUCAAGCGCUAUGAUGAAACUGGCUCUCAUGAGGACCGCCACAGGAAAGGAUGACCCAGAGUUACCUCUGCUGCAGAGGAUAAGUUCAUUAGAGUUACCAGCCUCAGAAAUUGCAGCCCAAAUAAAUGCUUCAUAGAGUUCAAGUCACAGACACAUCUCAACAUCAACUGUUCAGAGAAGACUGCGUGAAUCAGGCCUUCAUGGUCGAAUUGCUGCAAAUAAAUAACUACUAAAGGACACCAAUAAGAAGAAGAGACUUGCUUGGGCCAAGAAACACAAGCAAUGGUCUGAUGAGUCCAAAUUUGAGAUUUUGGGUUCCAACCGCCGUCGGUUUGUGAGAUGCUGAGUAGGUGAAAGGAUGAUCUCCGCAUGUGUGGUUCCCACCAUGAGGAAUGUAGGAGGAGGUGUGGGGGUGCUUUGCUGAUGACACUGUCUGUGAUUUAUUUAGAAUUCAAAGCACACUUAACCAGCAUGGCUACCACAGCAUUCUGCAGCUUAGUGGGACUAUCAUUUGUUUUUCAAAAGAACAAUGACCCAACACACCUCCAGGCUGUGUAAGGGCUAUUUGUCCAAGAAGGAGAGUGAUGGAGUGCUGCAUCAGAUGACCUGGCCUCUAUAAUCACCCGAUCUCAACCCAAUUUGAGAUGGUGUGGGAUGAGUCAGACCGCAGAGUGAAGGAAAAGCAGCCAAAAAGUGCUCAGCAUAUGUGGGACCUCCUUCAAGACUGUUCUUGUGGGACCUCCUUCAAGAAAACCAUUCCAGGUGAAGCUGGUUGAGAGAAUGCCAAGAGUGUGCAAAGCUGUCAUCAAGGCAAAGGGUGGCUAUUUGAAGAAUCUCAAAUAUAAAAUAUAUUUUGAUUUGUUUUAUACUAUUUUGGUUACUACAUAAUUCCAUAUGUGUGAUUUCAUAGUCUUGAGGUCUUCACUAGUAUUCUACAAUGUAAAAUAAAAAUAGUAAAAAUAAAUCAAAACCCUUGAAUGAGUAGAAGCGUAGGGUUUUACUCAUGCUCGGUUCUUGGGUCUCGAGCGCGAGUGGGAAUUUGAAAUGGAAGUUAUGGAACUACCUCGCGUUCUUCUGUUAUGGGGAUAUUCAGUUAAUAUCCAUAUUAUUAAUAUUUGAUUCAAUGAUUGAAAUUACGAUCCCAUCCUCACUAGCCUAUUACAGCAUCUGAAGCACUUCUUACCUCGAAAUCGCCUCGCUAUUCAUGUUGAAUAUAUUAGUCUGUCAAUUUGAACUAAGCAAGCUGCUAAAUCGUUCAUUUUACAUCUUGCCUAGGCUACUUUAGGCUAUCUGAAAUUAGAUGUAGGCCUAUCAGGGGCUAUAGUCUACCUACAUCUAGCUAACCAAACCAUGGCAAAGUUGAAUUACAAUCAUGAACCCAGACCCAGGCCUAGCCUAUUCCUGUUGAAUGACAAGUCGGUCUCGCAAAUAGGCCAUUUAUAACGGUUUGUAGUCUUAACAUCUGGCACAUAAUAACGGUAUAAUCGCCAGAAAAUAGCCUAACAUUAGUUUUUUUGAAGUUUAAUAAUGGUGAAUUAUCUUUUCUCUUGCUACAUAUUCAAAUUCCUUUAUUAGUCACAUUAGUUCACGAUUAUUAUUUUGAUGGAAAACCAAAUUUUGCUUCUUAGGUCGUUAGAAGUUAAGUCUAUUCCUUCUUAAUUCACUCAAUAACGUUAUUGAAAAAGGGCUAGUUUUCAGGCCUUGUGGGCGGGUUUUGAGUAAUCAUUGGGCUAUAAAUUUUAGCUAGACCUGGCAACCCUGUCGAUGAUAAUGCUGUCACCACAGUCACAUCUAACAUAGCUUUUUAAAGCGGCCAAAAGUCACGAAGUAGACGCUACUGGUUUCACACUUGAGUGUGAAAAUGCGUUUCCUCAGAUAUAGUGCUUAUACACAGCAUAUUCCAAUACAUAAUGUACCAUACAAAAACAUUUGUUAUUAUAUUCAUGUUUUUCCUAUUAUUAUUAUAAUUAUAAUGAUUAUAUAUUCUCUGCAUCCUCAGGAGGAAGCCAUAGAGCGCCACUGUGUGCCUGACGUCCCUACGGAACACUUUGGCCAGAGGUUACUCGUCAAGUGCUUGUCCUUGAAGUAAGUGGGAGAACACACCGACACAUUUUAGCUGCACUCUUUGUAACUGCCUUCUGCUUUUUGCUGACCCAAUCCUUUUUCCCCAUUGAAGGUUUGAGAUCGAAAUCGAGCCCAUAUUCGCCAUUUUGGCCUUAUACGAUGUCAAGGAAAAGAAAAAGGUAAGCUGUUAUGUUUUCCUCAAUGCCACUCGGCCCUGAGUUGUUGGGUCCGUCUCUGAGAAAUCAUUAAAAGUGGUUGGAGUCCAACAUGAACUAGAUGACUGGGCUAUAAAAGUUUUCGUAUGAGACCUGUUAUCCUUGUGUGAAUGCUCUUUAAAUCAUACCAUGUAUCUAUAUGGGUAACACUCAAUCAUUGCCCAUACGCAACAAACACUAGAGGGGAAGCAGUAACCAUUAUAAAAUAAAGUCACUUCAAGGCCCUCUUCCAUGCUCAGUCAAUUUACAGUGAACAAAUAUUUUAGAGUUUUUAGAAACUUAUGUGUUGUCAGAUUAAGUAUUGGUAAUGGAUUGAGAAAUACAUUGCACUAACUGAUAUCAAUAUCAGACUAGUCUCCUAUCUUUUUACACUGUUUAUCCAAAAUCUCACGUCUCUCUCUCCCGUCAGAUAUCAGAGAACUUCUUCUUUGACCUGAACUCAGAGCAGACUAAAGGGAUGCUGCACUCCCACAUUCAGACAGCAGCCAUCUCCACCCUAGCCCGCUCAGCCAUCUUCUCCAUCACAUACCCCCCCCAGGACGUCUUCCUCGUCAUACAGGUCAGCAUCACGCACAUUUCUAGAGUUGCAAAAUUCCCUAAAUGUUUAUUUUUUAAAUCCAAAUCUCUGGGAUCAGAAGGGAAUAAGAUGUAAGGGAAUCCUUCAACAGCGAUUUCUGAAAAACCAGGGAAUUUUUGCAAAGUUAACUUUUGUGACAUUAAUCACUUCCUGUACAUUGGAUCUGCCAAUAUGUGUGUGAGUAAUGACUGAUAACUUCCCUCCUGUGUUUUGUCUGUCCCCAGCUGGAGAAGGUGUUGCAGCAGGGAGAUAUAGGCGAGUGUGCAGAGCCCUACAUGGUCUUCAAAGAGUCUGACACAGCCAAGGUAAGAGCAUUAUUAAAAAAACAUUCAAAUAAGCAAUAGACUCAAAGUAAUGGUAAUCUUUGUGGUGUAGAUCUCCAAACCGAUGGAGGUAGAUGUAUUGUCUCCUUCCAUAUAUAGAACAAAGAGAAGUUGGACAAGUUGCGGAGCCAGUCGGAGCAGUUCUGCACACGUCUGGGUCGGUACCGGAUGCCCUUCGCCUGGACAGCCAUCCACCUGAUGAACAUCGUGAACAGCGCCGGUAGCCUGGAGAGAGACACUGAGCUGGAGAUGGGACUGCCAGGUCAGAACGCUUGGGGAUCAAUAAAGUUGUGCAGUUGAUUUGAACACCACAGAGGACGGCCAGUUCUUCCUGGAUGUCAGUGUCAGCUGAGAACAGAACAGGGCCGUGCAGUUGGUCUAUAUGAGGCAUCAGGUGGACAUUAGUCAUACUGGGGGUAAGGUUGCUGAUGGAGAGGUUUUAUAUACGGGGGGGGGGGGGGGGGGGGUCAAGUCUACGCCGCUUUUCAUCAAUUGUUAACUUAAACUUUUUUAUCAUAUGAAUGUAGAGGCUUGUCUAUAUGAUUACCUUUGACCUUGUGAUGUAAUGAUGAUUCUGUAACUCUGACCCUGGCUGUGGCUUUCUGUUGCCCCCCCCCCAGAGAGGAAAGGUUCAUGGUCGGAGAGGAGGAACUCAAGCAUUGCGGGCCGGCGCUCCCUAGAGAGGACCACCAGUGGAGACGAGUCAUGUAGUCUGACCAGCUUCAGACCUGCUACCCUCACCGUCACCAACUUCUUUAAACAGGAGGGGGACAGGUUGAGUGAUGAGGACCUGUAUAAGUUUUUAGCUGACAUGAGGAGGCCGUCUUCUGUACUGAGGAGACUGAGACCUAUCACAGGUACAGUAACACCAACCACCACCAUCAUCAGCACUACUCACUGCGUCAAUAAACACAAUCGUUUGAAUUAAAUCACCAUAUCAAUCCAUUAACUAGAAAAGGACAUUUCCUGAAGUAAAUGUGGUGUGCUUGCUAGUCUUGAAGUAUUUCUGGUUGUGAGAUAGUAUUAGUAGUGGUAGUGACGGCAGUAGUAAUGGUAGUAGUUGUAGGUAGUAAUAGAGUUUUCAUAGGCUAUGUGUUAGUUAUAGUGACCUAUUUUGGGGUGGUUUGUAGGUGUGGAGUUAUUAUAGUGUGUUAUAGUCGGAUAAUAUAGUAGGCUAGAGUGAGUACUACACUGAGUGUACAAAACAUUAGGAACACCGGCGCUUUCCAUGACAGACUGACCAGGUGAAUCCGGAUGAAAGCUAUGAUCCCUUAUUGAUGUCACUUGUUAAAUCCACUUCAAUCAGUGUAGAUGAAGUGGAGGAGUGAAGUUAAAUAAGGUUUUUUAAGCCUUGAGACAAUUGAGACAUGGAUUGUGUGCUAUUGAGGGUGAAUGUGCAAGACAAAAGAUUUAAGUGCCUUUGAACGUGGGUAUGGUAGUAGGUGCCAGGUGCACCGGUUUGAGUGUGUCAAGAACUGCAAUGCUGCUGGGUUUUUCAUGCUCAACACUAUCUAGUGUGUAUCAAGAAUGGUCCACCACCCAAAGGACAUCCAGCCAACUUGACACAACUGUGGGAAGCAUUGAAGUCAACAUGGGCCAGCAUCCCUGUAGAAUGAAUUGGAACAAAUUGAGGCUGUUCUGAGGGCAAAAGGGCAAAAGGGGGUGCAACUCAAUACUACUUUCCUGCAACCCGCCUCACUCAAUGUGGAACGGAUUCUAUUAUUGACUUACCUUUUAUCUAGAAUCUCCAGUUGAAACUAGCUAGCCAGCUAACUAGCUACUUGCUAGUAGCCACAGUUAGCGGUAUUUCACCCAGAACAUUGGAUUUUUCUGCCGGAAUAAUUUAAUCACUGGACAUUAAUCACCGGAUCGCAACUAGCUAGCCGCAACCGAAUGGAUGUUGCUGUUUGGCUAAUCACCACUGCCCCCGAUGCAAGCACCAAUUAGCCUCGAGCUAGCCUAGAGCCAGGCCCAUAUCCCGGCUAUCUACCUCUCGGUCUACUGGAAGGAAGUAGCCAGCUAACUAGCUACUUGCUAUCAGCUACCGUUAUCGGUUUUUCACCAUUGUCCGUGGCCUGCACCACCUACCAGCCAGCUCUAGCCUGGACUAUUAUUCGGCCAGUCUGCACUGUCUGCACAGCGCGUUAUCGACCCAGAACAUAUCAGUUUUUCUGCCGGAAUCACUGAAUCACUGGACCUUUAACUCUGGAUUCAUCGCUACCAGCUAGUUGCAACAAAAUGGACGUUGUGGUUUGGCUAAUCAUCCUGAGCUAGGCCCAUCUCCCGGCUAUCUACCUCUCUGUCAACCGGACGGGACCACCUACUGUUGACACGGAGCCCCGCCGAUCCUACACGACUGGUCUGCUGACGAAAUCGUCUGAUGUGGUUACAACAGGCUUCCCGUUACGACGUCGACCACGAAGAUUCCAUCUGCUAGCCCCGGCCCGCUAGCACACGCUAGCCGUGGCCUCUUGCGCGCUAGUGCUUUAGCAGCCCCCGAACUAUCCUAUUGCUGUUCACCGGACCUUAUGAUAACUCAGCUAUACAGCUGAUGCCUGCUGGACUGUUCCUUUUUACGGUACCGCAUCCUGUUUAUGUUUAGCCUCAGCCCAAACUGUGUCGUCAUUACCAGCUGUUGUCUUAGCUCUCUCAAAUUACACCUGUGAUUGCUUUACGCCUCUCUCCCUUGUCAAUAUGGUUAGCUUAUUGUUGUUUCGGUUAUUUCUAAUUGUACUAUUUCACUGUAGAUCCCCCAGCCCAGCUAAACCUGCCUUAGAUAGCUCCUUUGUCCCACCCCCCAUACACGCGGAGACCGACUCAAUUGGUGCCUCCAGUGAUGCUAUCUCUUUCAUUGUUACCCAACGCUUAGGUUUACCUCCACUUUACUCAUAUCCUUCCAUAUCCUUGUCUGUACAUAAUGCCCUGAAUCUUUUCUACAACGCCCGGAAAUCUGCCCCCUUUAUUCUAUGUACCCAACGCACUAGAAGACCAGUUCUUAAAGCCUUUAGCCGUAUCCUUAUUCUAGUCCUCCUCUGUUCCUCUGGUGAUGUAGAGGCUAACCCAGGCCCUGCAGCCCUCAGUAUCACUCCUACUCCCCAGGCGUUAUCAUUUGUUGACUUCUGUAAUCGUAAAAGCCUUGGAUUCUUGCACGUUAAUAUCCGAAGCCUCCUUCCUAAGUUUUAGUUAUUCACUGCGUUAGCACACUCCGCCAACCCUGAUGUUCUAGCAGUGUCUGAAUCCUGGCUUAGGAAGGCCACCUAAAAUUCUGAAAUUUCCAUCCCCAACUAUAACAUUUUCCGUCUAGAUAGAACUGCCAAAGGGGGUGGAGUUGCAAUCUACUGUAGAGAGAGCCUGCAGAGCUCUAUCAUACUAUCCAGGUCUGUGCCCAAACAGUUUGAGCUUCUACUUCUAAAAAUCCACCUUUCCAGAAAUAAGUCUCUCACUGUUGCCGCUUGCUACAGACCCCCCUCAGCCCCCAGCUGUGCCCUGGACACCAUAUGUGAAUUGAUUGCCCCCCAUCUAUCCUCAGAGUUCGUACUGCUUGGUGACCUAAAUUGGGAUAUGCUUAACACCCCGGCCAUCCUACAAUCCAAACUAGAUGCCCUCAAUCUCACACAAAUUAUCAACGAACCUACCAGGUACAACCCUAAAUCCGUAAACAUGGGUACCCUCAUAGAUAUCAUCCUGACUAACUUACCCUCUAAAUACACCUCCGCUGUCUUCAACCAGGAUCUCAGCGAUCACUGCCUUAUUGCCUGCGUCCGUAACGGGUCCGCGGUCAAACGACCACCCCUCAUCACUGUCAAACGCUCCCUAAAACACUUUAGCGAGCAGGCCUUCCUAAUUGACCUGGCCCAGGUAUCCUGGAUGGAUAUAGAUCUCAUUCCGUCAGUAGAGGAUGCCUGGUUGUUCUUUAAAAGUAAUUUCCUCUCAAUCCUAAAUAAACAUGCCCCAUUCAAAAAAUACAGAACUAAGAACAGAUAUAGCCCCUGGUUCUCCUCAGACUUGACUGCCCUUGACCAGCACAAAAACAUCCUGUGGCGUACUGCAUUAGCAUCAAAUAGCCCCCGCGAUAUGCAACUUUUCAGGGAAGUUAGGAACCAAUAUACACAAGCAGUCAGGAAAGCAAAGGCUAACUUUUUCAAACAGAAAUUUGCAUCCUGUAGCACUAACUCCAAAAAGUUUUGGGACACUGUAAAGUCCAUGGAGAAUAAGAGCACUUCCUCCCAGCUGCCAACUGCACUGAGGCUAGGAAACACUAUCACCACCGAUAAAUCUACAAUAAUCGAGAAUUUCAACAAGCAUUUUGCUACGGCUGGCCAUGCUUUCCACCUGGCUACCACUACCCCGGCCACCAACUCUGCACCCUCCGCUGCAACUUGCCCAUGCCCCCCCCCGCUUCUCCUUCACACAAAUUCAGACAGCUGAUGUUCUGGAAGAGCUGCAAAAUCUGGACCCCUACAAAUCAGCUGGGCUAGACAAUCUGGACCCUUUCUUUCUAAAACUAGCCGCCGAAAUUGUCGCAACCCCUAUUACUAGCCUGUUCAACCUCUCUUUCAUAACGUCUGAGAUCCCCAGAGAUUGGAAAGCUGCCGCGGUCAUCCCCCUCUUCAAAGGGGGUGACACUCUAGAUCCAAACUGUUACAGACCUAUAUCCAUCCUGCCCUGCCUUUUUUUUUAAACUUGAAAGCCAAGUUAACAAACAGAUCACCGACCAUUUCGAAUCCCACCGUACCUUCUCCGCUAUGCAAUCCGGUUUCCGAGCUGGUCAUGGGUGCACUUCAGCCACGCUCAAGGUCCUAAACGAUAUUAUAACCGCGAUCGAUAACAGACAGUACUGUGCAGCCGUCUUCAUCGACCUGGCCAAGGCUUUCGACUCUGUCAACCACCGCAUUCUUAUUGGCAGACUAAAUAGCCUUGGUUUCUCAAAUGACUGCCUCGCCUGGUUCACCAACUACUUCUCAGAUAGAGUUCAAUGUGUCAAAUUGGAGGGCCUGUUGUCUGGACCUAUGGCAGUCUCUAUGGGGGUGCCACAGGGUUCAAUUCUUGGGCCGACUCUUUUCUCCGUGUAUAUCAAUGAUGUCGCUCUUGCUGCUGGUGACUCUCAGAUCCACCUCUACGCAGACGACACCAUUUUGUAUACAUCUGGCCCUUCAUUGGACACUGUGUUAACAAACCUCCAAACGAGCUUCAAUGCCAUACAACACUCCUUCAGUAGCCUCCAACUGCUCUUAAACACUAGUAAAACUAAAUGCAUGCUCUUCAAUCGAACGCUGCUGGCACCCGCCCACCCGACUAGAAUCACUACUCUCGACGGGUCUGACCUAGAGUAUGUGGACAACUACAAAUACCUAGGUGUCUGGUUAGACUGUAAACUCUCCUUCCAGACUCACAUUAAGAAUCUCCAAUCCAAAGUUAAAUCUAGAAUCGGCUUCCUAUUCCGCAACAAAGCCUCCUUCACUCAUGCUGCCAAACAUGCCCUCGUAAAACUGACUAUCCUACCGAUCCUUGACUUCGGCGAUGUCAUUUACAAAAUAGCCUCCAACACUCUACUCAGCAAAUUGGAUGUAGUCUAUCACAGUGCCAUCCGUUUUGUCACCAAAGCCCCAUACACUACCCACCACUGUGACCUGUACGCUCUUGUUGGCUGGUCCUCACUACAUGUUCGUCGUCAAACCCACUGGCUCCAGGCCAUCUAUAAAUCACUGCUAGGCAAAUCCCCGCCUUAUCUUAGCUCAUUGGUCACCAUAGCAGCACCCACCCGUAGUCUGCGCUCCAGCAGGUAUAUCUCACUGGUCAUCCCCAAAGCCAACACCUCCUUUGGCCGCCAUUCCUUCCAGUUCUCUGCUGCCAAUGACUGGAACGAAUUGCAAAAAUCUCUGAAGCUGGAGACUCUUAUCUCCCUCACUAACUUUAAGCAUCAGUUGUCAGAGCACCUUACCGAUCACUGCACCUGUACACAGCCCAUCUGAAAUUAGCCUACCCAACUACCUCAUCCCUAUAUUGUUAUUUUUUAUUUUGCUCUUUUGCACCCCAGUAUCUCUAUUUGCACAUCUAGCAUUCCAGUGUUAAUAAUAAUUGUAAUUAUUUUUGCACUAUAGCCUAUUUAUUGCCUUACCUCCAUAACUUGCUACAUUUGCACACACUGUAUAUAUAUUUUCUGUUGUAUUUUUUUUUUGACUUUAUGUAUUUUUACCCCAUAUGUAACUCUUUGUUGUUGUUUUUAUCGCACUACUUUGCUUUAUCUUGGCCAGGUCGCAGUUGUAAAUGAGAACUUGUUCUCAACUGGCUUACCUGGUUAAAUAAAGGUGAAAUAAAAUAAAAUAAAAUUAGGAAGAUGUUCCUAAUGUUUUGUCCACUCAGUGUAUAUCAUCAAGUCAUAUAUUGUGUUUUUAAGCUCUCAAAAUGUUUUCGUUUGAACAUUCUGGAAGUUUUGUGGCAGUGAUUUCAGUUCAGAAUGUUGAAGCCUGCAUUUCGCCAUUGAAAUAUGUGGGGAUACAACAUGCAUUAUAGUUUAUGAUAUAGGAAUGGUAGGAAAAAAGUGUUCAAGCCAACUAAGUUGAGUCAGUCUGCACAUGUCAACGUUGGGAUGGUGUUUGUAUCAAGAGUAGUGGUGAAUCCACGUUUUGCCUUUUGAAGUCUAUGGCGCUUUUAUGCAAAUUUGAAACGGUUAUAGUUCAAAAAGUACAAAUAGCAGUUGAGUCAGUGUGUACAUGUCAACGUUGGUUUAGUGUUUGUAGCUUUAAUAAUCAUAAUAUAUGACAUUUAGCAGGCGCUUUUAUCCAAAGCGAAUUAGUCAUGCAUGCAUACAUUUUAAAUAUGGGUGGUCCUGGGAAUCGAACCCACUAUCCUGGCGUUAGAAGCGCCAUGCUCUACCAACUGAGCUACAAACAGUUCAAAAGCUGUGGCGAAUCCAAAUACUUCCCAUUCAAGUUUAUGGAGCUUUUAUGCACAUUUACAAAUGGCACUGUUCUAAGCAAUCUUGUAUCUUUACCAUUUUAAGCCAACCACGGGUCUAUUUUAUAUAGAGGGUUACCUACUGAUCAUAGCGUGUUUGUGUUAGAGACUCUGUCUGAUCUGAAAUCCCGCAGCUGUGGCCUUGGACUGUUUCAUGUAAAUGUCUAAAGUUUGAUUUUGAAAAUUGAUCUUAUUGUAGUUCUGGCUUCUCAAACCAAGGCAGACAUUUUGAUAAUUAUUGAGACUUAGUUCAAAAGAAUUGUGCCAGACUCUGAUGUGUCUCUGAAUGGAUCCAAUGUUUAUAAAGCUGGCAGUGGUGGGGGUGUCGCCAUAUUCAUAAAGAACUAUUUGAAUGUUGCUGUGUGUAUUACCACCUCUGUCCCCAAACGAUUUGAACGUCUUGUCCUAAAUGUGGGCCUUGGUAAUAAUGCCCAACUAACGUUAGUGAGUUUAUCGCCCUCCCAAUUGCUCUUAGCAAAUUAUUUGACUUGCUGUCUAACUGCUAAAUCUGAAUUAUUAAUAUUGGGUGAUCGUAACCUGGAUUGGUUGAUGCCGGUAUCAGAUAGACUGAAAGAUAUUUAUACUGAGCUAAAUUUGACUAAACUAAACCCACCCGCCCCAACUUAAAACACCCUGAAAAAUCAACUAUUUUGGAUAUCAUUCUGACAAACACCCUUCGUAAGUAUGCAGCCAAUGGAAUUUUUGCUAACGUGCUCAGUGACCACUGUCCCAUUGCCUCCAUUAGAGAUACUAAGCUACCUAAAUCACUUUCACGCAUUAUUACAAAGAUACAUUUUAGAACUUUCAAUGAACAUUUCCUGUAUGGCCUGGGGGUUGUAUGAUUGGGAGGGUGUGUCCUCUCGCUGAUUCAGAUCAGGCCCUUAAAUGUUUUAUCUCUCUGUUUAACUCUGUUGCAGAUAAGCAUGCCCCAUAUACAUGAUUAAGGGUAAAGGACAGAUCUAACCGAUGGUUCAUGCAUGAAUUGUCUAAAAGAAUUCAUGAAAUAUACUAUGGUUGGGUGGUCUCCAGAUUUUCAAACUGUUUCUGUACCAUACCGUGGUAUAUGGUAUUACAAGGUGUGCAAUUUUAACAAAAAAAUAAAUAUAAUAACAAUAAUAUUUAUUUUAUUUUUACGUACAAAAAAAUGUAGGCAACAGGGAUCUUGAUCCAGGAGGGGAUUGCAUGUCUCUGCUGUAACCAAGAAGCUUGAUCUUGACAUCUAGCCUUUUAGCUAGCAAGUUAGCAAACCAAAUGCAUAGCUAAAGCCCUUAGCUGAAUAUAAUUUAUUUGACACAUCUUGGAUUUCUUAUAGUUAUACUUAACUUAUAAGCAGAAGCGUAGCAUGCACCCCCCAAAAAAAUAUUAAUUAUAUAUCCAACAAAAUGUCACGUAGGGCCCCCAAAAGGCUAUGGCCGGCUCUGUAUGGAUGUGGGUAUGCAGACCCGCAAGCCACUGUGUCCCAUCAUGAUGAGUUUAGAUUUUGUGUGGUCCCCACUCCCAUCAAAGUUACCCAUCCCUGCACUAGAGGGAGUCCUUUAUUAACCUCUAAACAGAUAGUAGAGAAUGAUGCACUUCUAGGCACAAAUUUUUAUUUCUUCAUUUGAACCAUUUUAUGUCAAUGAUAUACAACAAAUGUAUGUAAAAUAAUCCACAGGAGCUGAUUCGCUUGAUCCUUUUUUACUGCAGCUUUCUGCCUUCCUCAUUGUAGAACCAUUUUUUAUUUAGCUAUUGCUUCUGGUGCUAUCCCUAAGAUCUGGAAGGCGGCGCAUAUCCUCCCCCUUCACAAAGCGGGGAUCCUUCUGACCUAGAUAACUGCUGCCCAAUUUCUAAGCUACUGUAUCUUGCCUUGCAAAAAUAUUACAAUCGGUGGCAAAAAAGAUAAUACUUUUUUUACUUCAAAUUAUAUUCUUAAUGUGCACCAGUCUGGUUUUAGACCUGGAUAUAGCACCUUUUCAACAGCUACGCUUGUCUUAAAUUGUGUUAAGUUGCUUAGAUCAUAGGAAUUACUGUGCUGCCAUAUUUAUAGACCUAUCCAAUGCCUUUUGGUACUGUUGACCAUCCCCUACUCAUUCAAAGGUUGUCUGAAAUGGGUUUCGACCAAUCGUCUUGCAAGUGGUUUGGGAACUGUCAAACAGGACACAAUGUGUGCUUUCUGAUGGUUUCAAGUCAAGUUACCUCGGUAUUACUAAAGGUGUCCCGCAGUGGUCGAUUUUGUGACCUGUCCUCUUUACUAUUUACAAUGCAUUCGGAAAGUAUUCAGACCCCUUGAGUUUUUCCACUUUGUUACGUUACAGCCUUGUUCUAAAAUUGAUUAAAUAUUUUUUUAUUCCAUCAAUCUACACACAAUACCCCAUAAUGACAAAGUGAAAACAGGUUGUAGAAUUUUUUUCACAUUUAGUAAAAAUUAAAAACAGAUACCUUAUUUACACAAGUAUUAAGACCCUUUGCUAUGAGACUCGAAAUUGAGCUCGGGUGCAUCCUGUUUCCAUUGGUCAUCCUUGAUGGUUUCUACAGCUUGAUUGGCAUCCACCUGUGGUAAAUUCAAUUGUUUGGACAUGAUUUGGAAAGGCACACACUUGUCUAUAUAAGGUCCCACAGUUGACAGUCCAUGUCAGAGCAAAAACCAAGCCAUGAGGUCAAAGGAAUUGUCCGUAGAGCUCGGAGACAGGAUUGUGUCGAGGCACAGAUCUGGGGAAGGGUACCAAAAAUUUUUUGCAGCAUUGAAAGUCAUGAAUAACAGUGGCCUACAUCAUUCUUACAUGGAAGAAGUUUGGAACCACCAAGACUCUUCCUAGAGCUGGCCGCCCAGCCAAACUGAGCAAUCGCGGGAGAAGGGCCUUGGUUAGGGAGUUGAUGGUUGCUCUUACAGAGCUCCAGAGUUCCUGUGUGGAGAUGGGAGAACCUUCCAGAAGGACAACCAUCUCUGCAGCACUCCACCAAUCAGGCCUUCAUGGUGGAGUGGCCAGACGGAAGCCACUCCUCAGUAAAAAGGCACAUGACAGCCUGCUUGGAGUUUGCGAGAAGGCACCUAAAGGACUCCAAGAUUGAACUCUUUGGCCUGAAAGCGUCACGUCUGGCGGAAACCUGGCACCUCUACGGUGAAGCAUGGGGGUGGCAGCAUCAUGCUGUGGGGAUGUUUUUCAGCGGCAGAGACUGGGAGACUAGUCAGGAUUGAGGGAAAGAUGAACGGAGCGAAGUACAGCGAGAUCCUUGAAGAAAACCUGCUCCACAGCACUCAGGACCUCAGACUGGGGCGAAGGUUCACCUUCCAACAGGACAACAACCCUAAGCACACAGCCAAGACAACGCAGGAGUGGUUUCGGGACAAAUAUCUGAAAGUCUCUGAGUGGCCCAGCCAGAGCCCAGACUUGAACCCCAUUGAACAUCUCUGGAAAGACCUGAAAAUAGCUGUGCAGCGACGCUCCCCAUCCAACCUGAUAGAGCUUGAGAGGAUCUACAGAGAAGAACGGGAGAAACUCCCCAAAUACAGGUGUGCCAGGCUUGUAGCGUCAUACCCAAGAAGACUCAAGGCUGUAAUCGCUGCCAAAGGUGCUUCAACAAAGUACUGAGUAAAGGGUCUGAAUACUUAUGUAAAUGUGAUAUUUCCAUUAUUAUAUUAUUUUUUUACAUUUGCUAAAAUUUCAAAAACGGUUUUUACUUUGUCAUUAUGGGGUAUACUGUGUAGUUUAUGAGGAAAAAUAACGAUUUCAUCCAUUUUAGAAUAAGGCUGUAAUUUAACAAAAUGUGGAAGAAGUCAAGGGGUCUGAAUACUUUCCGAAUGCACUGUAUAUAUAAAUAAUUUUAGUCUCAUGCAGAUGACACUCUUUAUGUACGCUAUUGCCCCUAUUGCUGUCUAUGUUAGAGCUGCAAUCUGAUUUUGUUGCCUUGUAGAAAGCCCUUGUUGAUUUUAAAAUUGGUACUUAAUGCGGGAAAAACGAAAUAUGUUGUUGGUUUACACAUUUAUGCAUUGGAUGGUUCUCUCAUCGAGCAGGUUCCCACCCAUAAAUAUCUGGGCUUUUUGAUUUAUAAAAAUGUGACGUUUAAAAAAAACAUACGGAUGAGCUAGUUAAGAACGGGAGAUUUUAAAGUAGGCUUCUUUAAUAGAAAUUGAUCAUGCCUCUCCCAAAACAGCAGGAAACAGGUUGUACAGUCAACUUUCCUGCCAUUUCUUGAUUAAUGGUGGCACCAUUUAUCAGAAUGCAGCAGCCACUACUCUAAAACCCUUGGAUGCCGUCUACCAUAGAGCCCUUCGCUUUAUCACAGGUGACAGGUUUAAUACGCAUCACUGCAUCCUUUAUCAAAAGGUCGGCUGGACCUCUCUAAAUUCUCGUAGAUCACUUCAUUGCUCCCUUUUGGUUUACAAAGCUCUGCUGUACAAGCUUCCAACAUGUCUCACUUUUCUGUUAAAGUAAUAAACUAAGAGGCACCAAACCCGCUCAGAGGUUUGGUUAACUCUUGAGGUCCCUCGUGUCUCUACCAACCUAGGUAAAUCAGCCUUUAGUUUUAACGCCCCCCAUGUUUGGAAUUAUUUACAAUCCUCAUUAUGUCUUGAAUCGAUGGUGCCAAUAGGGCGGUUUUAGAAUGCUGAUAAGGAAUGAAUUCACUGAGGUUUGCGAGUGUUUUGGUUGAUUUGUAAUAAUUUAUUUGUGUUGUAAUGUAUCUUGUAGUUUCUUUUUUUGCUGUUUUAUUGAAUUAUAUUGGUUGAUUUGUGAAUUGUUUGUUCUCAUUACACCAUUGAGAAUGAGACACUGGUCUCCAUUGGUUUUCCCUGAAUAAAGAAAAGUGAAAUAAAAAAUACAACAGUUAUAAUUCAAAUGGUAUCAAAGCUGUAUACAACCUAUUCCCGACCGCUCAUUAAAGUAUGAAUGGCGUUUCUAGCUGAAAAGGUGGAAGGCUGGUUACGACUGGAAUGUUUCUUGUUGAAGUCUAUGGCCAUUGAAAUGCAUUGGGGUUUAUGCAAAUAUGGUUGUAGUGUGAAAAGUAUAAGUAGUAUCUAAAAGCACACUGACCAGUGCCAGUAUUUAUUCAAGCACACUGACCAGUGUUUUGGUGUUGGUAGCUUUUACAGUUUUAGUGCUAGAGGUUCCAGCGCAACAACAAUAAUAAUAAUAAUAAUAAUAAUAAUAAUAAUAUGAACAGUUUCUAAAGUUGUACCUCUGCUUUCAGCAAGCACACCUAAUUACUUACGUCAGGCUUUUUCAAAGUCUGAGACAGAAAAAUAUAUUCUAUUAAUUUCUAAAAUAAAUCCAGUAGUUGCAAUUAAACUGUUGGAGAACUACAUUUAUAAGUGUACACUGUCCUGAUUGAAGUAAUUAAUCCCGAGACCCCAGCAAAAAUUGGCUUUUUAUUUAUGACUUUCCAGUACUUAUAUUUAGCCUCACAAUUAAGUGUUUUACCAUUUUAUUUUCAGGACAGCCAGGUCUACAAGCAGAACACAAAAUAAUUUGACAUAAGUUACAGUGAGGAAGAAAAGUAUUUAGUCAGCCACCAAUUGUGCAAGUUUUCGCACUUAAAAAGAUGAGAGAGGCCUGUAAUUUUCAUCAUAGGUACACGUCAACUAUGACAGACAAAUUGAGAAAAAUAAUCCAGAAAAUCACAUUGUAGGAUUCUUUAUGAAUUUAUUUGCAAAUUAUGGUGGAAAAUAAGUAUUUGGUCAAUAACAAAAGUUUCUCAAUACUUUGUUAUAUACCCUUUGUUGGCAAUGACACAGGUCAAAUGUUUUCUGUAAGUCUUCAAGGUUUUCACACACUGUUGCUGGUAUUUUGGCCCUUUCCUCCAUGCAGAUCUCCUCUAGAGCAUUGAUGUUUUGGGGCUGUCGCUGGGCAACACGGACUUUCAACUCCCUCCAAAGAUUUUCUAUGGGGUUGAGAUCUGGAGACUGGCUAGGCCACUCCAGGACCUUGAAAUGCUUCUUACGAAGCCACUCCUUCGUUGCCCGGGCGGUGUGUUUGGGAUCAUUGUCAUGCUGAAAGACCCAGCCACGUUUCAUCUUCAAUGCCCUUGCUGAUGGAAGGAGGUUUUCACUCAAAAUCUCACGAUACAUGGCCCCAUUCAUUCUUUCCUUUACACGGAUCAGUCGUCCUGGCCCCUUUGCAUAAAAACAGCCCCAAAGCAUGAUGUUUCCACCCCCAUGCUUCACAGUAGGUAUGGUGUUCUUUGGAUGCAACUCAGCAUUCUUUGUCCUCCAAACACAACGAGUUGAGUUUUUACCAAAAAGUUAUAUUUUGGUUUCAUCUGACCAUAUGACAUUCUCCCAAUCCUCUUCUGGAUCAUCCAAAUGCACUCUAGCAAACUUCAGACGGGCCUGGACAUGUACUGGCUUAAGCAGGGGGACACGUCUGGCACUGCAGGAUUUGAGUCCCUGGCGGCGUAGUGUGUUACUGAUGGUAGGCUUUGUUACUUUGGUCCCAGCUCUCUGCAGGUCAUUCACUAGGUCCCCCCGUGUGGUUCUGGGAUUUUUGCUCACCGUUCUUGUGAUCAUUUUGACCCCACGGGGUGAGAUCUUGCGUGGAGCCCCAGAUCGAGGGAGAUUAUCAGUGGUCUUGUAUGUCUUCCAUUUCCUAAUACCAAGCUGCUUACCUAUUGCAGAUUCAGUCUUCCCAGCCUGGUGCAGGUCUACAAUUUUGUUUCUGGUGUCCUUUGACAGCUCUUUGGUCUUGGCCAUAGUGGAGUUUGGAGUGUGACUGUUUGAGGUUGUGGACAGGUGUCUUUUAUACUGAUAACAAGUUCAAACAGGUGCCAUUAAUACAGGUAACGAGUGGAGGACAGAGAAGCCUCUUAAAGAAGAAGUUACAGGUCUGUGAGAGCCAGAAAUCUUGCUUGUUUGUAGGUGACCAAAUACUUAUUUUCCACCAUAAUUUGCAAAUAAAAUCAUAAAAAAUCCUACAAUGUGAUUUUCAGGAAUUAUUUUCCUCAAUUUGUCUGUCAUAGUUGACGUGUACCUAUGAUGAAAAUUACAGGCAUCUCUCAUCUCAAGUGGGAGAACUUGCACAAUUGGUGGCUGACUAAAUACUUUUUUCCCCCACUGUACAUUCAUGAUUAUUAUUGACAAAUGUCAACAAAUUAUAAAAAAGUUUUUCAAAGCAAAAACCUGAUUUAAAAAAAUAAAUAAAUGAAUUUAUAUGUACAGAAAUGUAUUCUUUUAGAAAUUGUUUGCUCAGUGGGAAAUUAAUAUCGAACUAGUCGGUGACAACUGUUUGGAGUUUGACAGCAACUAUGUGAGCUUAUUACAGUAUUAUAGACACUAUGUCCUGGGAUUUCCUAUGAUCUUCUAUGUAGAAGAAACCCUUACCUUCUAACGACUCUUGUGUAGCUUGUGAGCACCAUAGAGCAAAACAUGUUACUUGUUCAUGAGUGUCUCGGCUCUUCAUAGAUCACUUUUAAUAGUUUGUAGCUCAAACCAUUCGAACUCUAAACACGUUUUUGUAAAAAGGCUCUAACUCAGCAUCCAUUAAUCACACAGACUAAUGGUUGGUAUCAAUGGAUGCAGAACAAAUAGACAAAUCCAAUGGUAGAACACAGAAGUAUGUGUUGUGAAGGGGUUAGAAGUCCAAAACACACCAGCGUAGGAGUUACAUCAUAGUCUGCACAACCUAAUUAACAUGCAACGGACCUAUUAAAAAGGAAAUCAUUAAAAGUGCUUUCAGAAUAUCCAGGUAAUUAUUAUUUAAUCUGAAAAAAAAAAGUAUUUUGGUUUCUAUUACAAAGUAUGUCUGGUAUUUUUAAAAUGCCGCUGCCCCUUUAAGAGCUCUGUUGAGCAGUUUAGCCUAACCAUGCUACAAACUGGUUGUAUAUGAAUCAUUUUUAUGAUGCCAUGUGCACAAUUUUAGGAGUUGAGAAAUAAAUGUGGUAGCACUGGAAAGCUGGGACACCCCUCUUUUUAAAUGUACCCAUCAAAUCUGCUUUAAAUUGUGUGUUUUCCCUGCGAUGGUAGAUAGAAACAGGCCUAAUAUUUAUUCAUUAUUAGAGAACAGAAUACAGUUUGACUUUCCUUUCACGCCUCCACUGAAACUCUCUGGCGCCCCACACUCUGGCGCCCCUCUGAUUUACAUAAUCCUCUACAUUUCUGUGUGGAACAUAUGACUUCCACUGAGAGAGCACCACUGCCAUAUCAGUCCGUUAGGCUUAGACAUUCAUUGAGGUGUAGAGCUCUGUGUGUGAUGUUGUUUACCCUGUCUUGUUCCCUCCAGCCCAGCUGAAGAUUGACAUCUCCCCGGCCCCAGAGAACCCCCACUACUGCUUGACCCCUGACCUCCAGCAGGUCAAGCCCUACCCAGACGGCAGGGUCCGCCCCACCAGGGAGAUACUGGAGUUCCCGCCCAGGGACGUCUACGUACCAAACACCACCUACAGGUAA